CUGUAACGUACCGUACCGCUCUACAACAGCGUGGAGCGAAAUUCAACAGCAGAAUAUUUUAGGAAAACAUUAAAACGAAGGAAAGGAUGCCUGCCAAUGUGCUUGUGAUAGGAGGAGGUGGGCGUGAACAUGCAUUGUCAUGGAAACUUGCUCAGUCAUCAGAGGUCAAGGCCAUUUAUGUUUCCCCUGGCAAUGCUGGAACUGACAAGUGUGGGAAGAUAGAGAAUGUUGCUCUUGAUGUGAAGGACCAUGAUAGCAUUGCCUCCUGGUGUCGGGAGAAAGCUGUGGAGUUAGUAGUGGUUGGACCCGAAGAUCCGUUAGCUGCUGGCCUUGCAGAUAGCCUUGACAGUCAAGGUAUCAAAUGUUUUGGCCCCAGCGCUAAGGCUGCCCAGAUUGAAUCAAGUAAAGUAUUUGCCAAGGAGUUUAUGGAGAAACAUAGCAUUCCUACUGCCAGAUAUGCUAGCUUUACUGAUGUAGACCAGGCCAUACAAUACAUUGAAGGGGCAGAUUUCCCAGCCCAUGUUGUGAAGGCGAGCGGGCUGGCCGCUGGGAAGGGUGUUGUCAUAGCAACCAACAACGAGGAGGCAUGUCAGGCUGUCAGAGAUUGUCUGCAGGAGAGGAAGUUUGGUACAGCUGGAGAGACGGUAAUUGUGGAAGAACUGCUGACAGGAGAGGAGGUUUCAGUGUUGGCAUUUACAGAUGGAGAGACUGUGUGUAUGAUGCCACCUGCUCAAGACCAUAAGCGUCUACUGGACAGAGAUGAGGGGCCUAACACAGGAGGAAUGGGCACAGUCUGUCCAUAUCCGAAGGUUGGAUUCUCUGACCUAAGGAAAAUCAAGGAAGAGAUCAUGCAGAAAACUGUUGAUGGUUUGAGGGAGGACGGAAUACCUUAUAAAGGGGUGUUGUAUGCGGGUCUGAUGAUGACCGAAGAUGGACCCAAGGUGCUCGAGUUCAACUGUAGGUUUGGUGACCCGGAAACACAGGCAAUUCUACCCUUGAUGAAGUCAGACCUCUUUACAACAUGCCUUGCCUGUGUGUCUGGAACUCUAAAAGACAGGGAACCUGAGUUUGACACCCAGAAGAAAGUCCUGGGAGUGGUGAUGGCCAGUGGGGGGUACCCGGGGACUUACAAGAAAGGAUGCCCUAUUUCUGGCCUGGAAGAAGCAGAAAACCUGGGCCUCACAAUAUUCCAUGCAGGGACCACAAUGAAGGACGAAACCUUGGUUACCAGUGGAGGGCGUGUCCUUGCUGUCAUGGCAAUGGAGUUGGACUUCGAGACUGCAGCAAGUGCUGCACAGAAGGGGGCAAAUAUGGUGAAAUUUGACGGGGCAUUUCAUAGAAAGGAUAUUGGCUUCAGGGUGGUGAGCAGGUCCCUGCAUACACCACCUCUAAGUUACAAGGACGCCGGUGUGGAUAUCGCUGCUGGGAACAGUCUAGUACAGGCCAUAAAACCAAUGGCAGCGGCUUCUAAUAGGUCUGGAUGCAUGGCUUCCCUGGGAAUGUUUGGUGCCCUGUUUGAUGUGAAGGCAGCCGGUUUCCAGGAUCCAAUACUGGUCUCCGGAACAGAUGGUGUGGGAACCAAACUCAAGAUUGCUCAGAUGACAGGGAAGCACUCAACAAUUGGUUUAGACCUUGUCGCCAUGUGUGUGAACGACAUCUUAGCACAUGGUGCUGAGCCGCUUUAUUUCCUGGACUACUUCGCCACAGGGCGACUAAAUGUGGGUGUGGCUAGGGAUGUUAUACAGGGGAUUUCCGAGGGGUGCAAGCUAGCCGGAUGUGCUCUUGUUGGAGGUGAAACAGCAGAAAUGCCGGGAAUGUACCAACAUGGAGAUUACGACGUCGCUGGUUUCGCAGUGGGAGCAGUGGAGCGAAACCGGAUCCUGCCAAGGGUCCAGAACAUCAUUGCUGGGGAUGCUGUGAUUGGAUUGGCUUCCUCUGGUCUCCAUAGCAACGGGUUUAGUCUCGUCAGGAAACUUGUGGAGAAGUUAGAGCUCAGAUAUGAUAAGCCAUCGCCCUUUAAGACUGGCAAAUCUCUUGGAGAGGACCUUCUGACACCAACAAAGAUCUAUGUAUCCUCUGUCCUCCCUUUGAUGAGAACAGGUGACAUCAAAGCGUUUGCCCACAUCACGGGUGGUGGUCUGGUGGAGAACGUCCCCAGAAUCCUUCCUGAUGGACUUCGGGUCAGGCUGGAUGCAAGCAAGUGGGAGAUGGCUCCCGUGUUUGGUUGGCUAUCGGAGAAGGGAAAUAUACCAGCAGAAGAGAUGGCCAAGACAUUCAACUGUGGUGUAGGGGCAGUCCUGAUAGUUGACGCCUCUCUGGCUACACAGAUUACUGACCAGCUGAUGACCAGUGGAGAAAAGGCUGCAGUCAUUGGACAAGUGGAGAAACAGUCAGUGGCCUCAUGUGAACGACGUGUGAUUAUUGAGCGCCUCCCCCAGGCCCUGAUCAACUGUUGGCGACACAUCCCCGGGGUCAGUCGCAAGAAAAGAAUUGGAGUUCUCAUCUCGGGAUCAGGCACAAACCUUCAGGCUCUGAUAGACUUUACCCGGGAUCCAAUGAACUUUAGUGCAGCCGAGAUUGUACUGGUCAUCUCCAACAAGGCUGAUGUCCAGGGGCUAACCAGGGCAGAAAAGGCCGGUAUUGCUACAAAGGUUAUAAAUCACAAGAACUUUGGAAGUCGUGAGGAGUUUGACUCGGCCCUACAUCACAGCUUAGUGGCGGCUGGUGUGGAGAUUGUCUGUCUGGCUGGGUUCAUGAGGAUUCUCUCUGGUGAAUUUGUGCGUAAGUGGUUGGGUCGCAUGUUGAAUGUCCACCCGUCCCUCCUGCCCGCCUUCAAGGGAGCCGAUGCCCACUGGCAGGUGUUGAAGGCAGGGGUCAAAGUGUCCGGGUGUACCGUCCACUUUGUCGCUGAGGAGGUUGAUACUGGAGCCAUUGUUGUCCAGGAAUCUGUACCAGUCUUCCAUGAUGAUACUGAAGAGACCCUUUCAGAACGGGUAAAACAGCGGGAACACAAGGCCUUCCCGCGGGCACUUGAGUUACUGGCAAGUGAUCAGGUGAAGAUGGAUCCCGCGGGAAAAAUCCAGUGGUCAACAUGAGAGUUGAGCGAGAGUUACAUGAUAAAGAGGGAGAUAGCUUUAUACAUGCUACAUGUACUAUUGUGUUGUCUAUUUUCUAAUCUAUUUUGUUAAAGACAAUCAUGUUCUGUUACAGACAAUCAUUUUCAGACCAAACACCUCACUGGAAACAUACUGGAUCCUUUGAUUUGAAUAAUUUGUGGACAUUGUAGGCUGGUUAAGAUAUAUAUUUUACAAAGGAACGUUGAUCAAAUGCUCCUGACCAAAACUGUAGUUUCAACUUGCCAAUCCAUGAAGUACAUGUAGAUUUAUAUAUUCUUAAGUGUUCAAAUAUUUUUCUGAGAUAUGAAUCUAUAUUUUCAUACCAUUACACUUUUUUUCUGAGGAAUGAAUCUGCGUUUUCCUACCAUUACACCAUUUUCUAAGGAAUGAAUCUCAAGUUGUCAUACUAUUACACCUUUUUCUGAGGAAUGAAUAUGCGUUUCCAUACCAUUACACUUUUUUCUGAGGAAUGAAUCUCAAGUUGUCAUACCAUUACACCUUUUUCUGAGGAAUGAAUCUGCGUUUUCAUACCAUUACACUUUUUUCUGAGGAAUGAAUCUCAAGUUGUCAUACCAUUACAUCUUUUUCUGAGGAAUGAAUAUGCGUUUCCAUACCAUUACACUUUUUUCUGAGGAAUGAAUCUCAAGUUGUCAUACCAUUACACUUUUUUCUGAGGAAUGAAUAUGCUUUUUCAUUCCAUUACACUUUUUUCUGAGGAAUGAAUCUCAAGUUGUCAUACCAUUACACCUUUUUCUGAGGAAUGAAUCUGCGUUUUCAUACCAUUACACUUUUUUCUGAGGAAUGAAUCUCCGUUUCCAUACCAUUACACCUUUUUCUGAAGAAUGAAUCUCAAGUUGUCAUACCAUUACACUUUUUUUCUGAGGAAUGAAUCUGCGUUUUCAUACCAUUACACUUUUUUCUGAGGAAUGAAUCGCAAGUUGUCCUAUAAUUACACCUUUUUCUGAGGAAUGAAUCUGCAUUUCCAUACCAUUACACCUUUUUAUGAGGAAUGAAUCUCCAUUUUCAUACCAUUACACUUUUUUCUGAGGAAUGAAUCUGCAUUUUCAUACCAUUACACUUUUUUCUGAGGAAUGAAUCUCAAGUUAGAGUAUAAUUACUCUUUUUUCUGAGGAAUGAAUCUCAGGUUUUCAUACCAUUACACUUUUUUCUGAGGAAUGAAUCUCGAGUUGUCAUACCAUUACACUUUUUUGUAAGACCGAUCAUUUCUUCCAGUCUACACACUUUCAUUGCGAGAAUCACUUUACUGUCUGUUUUUGUGUUCCUUACGAAUCAUGGCAGACACAGGGAUUACUUUGUCGUCCGUAUCUUUAACACACUUUUGUAAAGCUAGUUGAAGAAUCUUUUAACUUUUUAUGACUAUUGACCAUGGUCCAAACUUAAACCCUAUUGCUUUUUGGGUCAGAUUAUAUAAGUCUAAUGUCAAGGUCAUGGUAACCUUCACUAGAAAAAUGAUGGGCACUUCCUAUAGGCAAAAAAAUUGAUUCCCAGAAUUCAGGUUGUUCAAAGAUAGGUUGUAUUUGUGUUUCUGAAGGAUUGACACCUGAAAGUUAUUGUUGCCUGAUGUAUGUCUCUUGAAUUGUGUCAGCUCACUGUCAUAUAAUUCUUGAAUUGCUUAAAGCUGCAUUCUCACCGAUUGAACGUUUUGACAAUUUUUUUAUUUUUUGUCUUUGAACGAGCACAUUUUUGCGUAAAUAUCUGCAAACCAGAGUGUAAAAAGACUGCUGACUAAAGAUCAGAUCGCAGAUUGUCAUAUUUCUGUUCCAAAUUUGAUCUUUUAUGCAUUUUUCUUAAACCGUUAGUAAAGGUUUAAGCCAUAAAACAUCAAUAUUUUGGAAUGAAAAUAUGUAAAUCUGCGAUCUGAUCUUUUGUCAGCACUGUUAUAUCACUAGU